UCUCAUACUCAUUAAAAGUAAUCAAUGGAUUCCGCAAAGCUUCGAGUCGAGGGAAAGAAGAUGAUUGAAAUUGUGGCAAACUACUGGGAUGGAAUAAGGACCCGCAAACCGAUUCCGGAUGUGAAGCCUGGUUAUAUUGAGAAAUCGGUGCCAUCUAAUCCUCCAACCACGCCGGAAUCUUGGGAAAAAGUGUUUGGCGAUCUGGAGAAGGUGAUCUUCAACGGAAGCAGCCACUGGAACCAUCCACAUUUUUUUGCCUACUUCUCCGCUGGAAUUGGUUAUCACUCGAUUCUGGCCGACAUUAUUAGUAGUGGACUUGGAUCUGUUGGAUUCACGUGGAUCGCGUGUCCUCCGAUCACUGAGCUUGAGAAGAUCACAUUGGAUUGGCUCGUAGAUUUGACGAGUCUUCCCGUGGAGUUUAAGAAUUCCCAUCCAGGUCAUGGUUGUGGAAUUAUUCAGAGCUCUGCAUCCGAUUCAACGCUCAUCGCAAUCAUGACUGCAAGAGCUGCAAAGGUGGAGUUCAUCAAACAGAAUCCAUCAACUUUCCAAUGGCUUAUUAACUCAACUUCUGAGCAUCUUCGGAGCAUCUCCUACUGGACUCCCGUGAAUCGGACAAUCCAUGAUUCCACUGACAUCAUCACUCCGUACUAUCAUGAUCCCAGAGUUUUCAAGAACUUUGUGAUGUACUUCACUGACCAGGCACACUCUUCCGUUGAAAAGGGAGCAAUGUUGGCUGGAGUUAGGUUCAGGAAACUGAGAAGUGUGAGGGGAUAUAUGGAGAAUUACGAAAUGGAUUCAAAGAUUUUGAUCGACGCUAUAGAGCAAGACCGUUCCCGUGGCUUCAUCCCAUUUAUGGUGGCUCUCACAGUCGGAACAACUGCCACGUGUGCAGCUGAUGAUGUUGAGAAAAUCGGUCAAAUCUGUCAGAAAGAGGGUCUCUAUCUCCAUGGUGCCUUUGCCUUCUGCGAUGAGUUCAAGUAUCUGGUGAAUGGGCUCAAAUACGUGGAUUCCUACAAUACUGAUCUCCACAAGGCGGGAAUGAUCAACUUUGAUUGUUGUCCACUUUGGUUUAAAAAUGGAACGUAUGCAUCCAGAUAUUACAACGUAGAUCCUGUCUACUUGGCACACGAGUAUCAAUCCUCAAAUAUGGAUUAUCGGCAUCUGGAAGUGCCAUUGGGUCGGAGAUUUAGAUCUCUGAAAGUUUGGUUCACGAUGAGAAAUAUGGGCGUCGAGAAGAUCAGAGAGUAUCAAAGAAAGACCGUGUCCCUCGCUUUGCUCUUCACAAAAAUCAUUGUGGAGGGUGAUAAGUUUGAACUCUUUACACCACCACACCUUGGAAUGGCUACCUUCCGUUUGAAAAAUCACACCAACUCUGACAACGAGCGUCUCUUGCAAGCCAUCAACCGUGACCGCCGUAUCCACUUGGGUAUCUCCAUGGUCCAUGGAGUCUACGUGCUACGUUUCUGUGUGGGAAGUCCGCUGACAAACGAGGAAGAUGUUCAUUUCACGAAAAGCGUAAUUUUUGAGAUUGCUCAUUUUCUGUUUGAAGCCUGAACCCUCUUUCUUUCGAAAUAAAAAGCGUCAGAGCGUGUGAUUGAAAU